CACUCUGUCCCCAUGGCAUCCUGGCCCACUUUACUUUCUUGGUGCUUUAUCCGCUUUCAUUCUCUCUGUGCCGUUGUUGUGGUUGCCGCUCUUGAUCUCAGCCCUGUUCAGUCUAAGCAGAAGGACUUAUACUGUAUACCUUUAUUGUUGUUGGCAGUAUCAUUGACAGACAAAAGCACUUGGUUGUAUUCAGAUUGACUAUUAUCUUCCAUAUACCCCAAAUCAACCCAAAUCCUGAACAAUGACAGAAUCCACUACCGGUACUAGUGCUACUAGCAAUGGCAAACCCAAGUUGGAAGAAGCGCAGAGCACUGCCGACAUUUUGGUUGGUUUUGUGACGAUGAGUAUUCUCUUUACGAUCAUUAUCGGCGUGGCUCUCUUUUUCCUAAUUGGAUCCAUCCAGAGUCCUUCCAAAGUGGGUCUCUUUGUGGUGCUACCCUAUUAUACCUACACCAUGUUUCUCCGACGUGACGAACUGAAGGAUGGCAAUCAUUGGCAUCACUUUAGUCAAAACUUUUUCGUUUUGAACAUUUUCCGUCGCUAUCUGCGCUUGGAGAUUCAAAAACCCAUUCCACCACAAGUCUUGGCACUAGACUCGCAAGACAAGGCGCAAGUCCUGCUGGCCGUCUUUCCCCACGGAUCCAAUUCCGAUUAUCGGGUCGCCAUGGAUGGCAUUUUGCACGAGGCAUUGCCCAUAUUGGCGGAGAAAGUGCGAACCUUGACGGCUUCGUCUCUGUUUCGCGUGCCUCUGGCACGAGAGAUUGCCUUGUGGACGGGAUGCGUCGAUGCGUCCAGAAAGGUGGCCGAACGACAAUUCGAUCAAGGACGGUCCAUUUUGGUGCUACCGGGAGGAGAACAAGAACAAAUUCGAACCCAAAAUGGCCGUGAGUUGGUGUAUGUGGAUAAACGAAAGGGGUUCAUCAAAUUGGCACUGCGCAAAAACGUGCCCGUCGUUCCCGUCUACGUCUUUGGCGCCAGUGAUUUGUAUCAUACCAGCAAUGCCGCAUUUGGACUAAGGUUGGCACUCGUCAAGAAUCUCGGUGUAGCCAUUCCACUAACAGCGGGCAAGUGCGGAUUCCCCCUCUGUCCAGUCAAUGUCAAAACAACCAUUGUCUUUGGAACUCCUAUUGAAAUGAAAUGCAAAGAACCAGGCAAACCCACAGAUGAAGAAGUCCAAGCCAAACACAAGGAGUUUGUGAUGGCAUUGGAAAAACUAUUUGACGACAAUAAAACGGCACUGGGAUAUGGAGAUCGCAAACUGGAUAUCAUGUAGGUAUAUUAUAAACUUGCUUGGAUCCAAAGUAGCUGUGGGCGUUGAAUUCAUUCAUUGCGCUUGGGUGUCCAUGGAUUGAUCUACAUUUUAUAGAAAGAUUGGUUGCUUCCACGAUGUACGUUCCCGUAAGCGAUGACAUUCUGUUUGGGCUCCUUCAAAAGUCACAAUCUAGAACGGAUUCAGACAAGUGCUGGGGGGCGACGCAUGAGCCCUGGCCUAGGCGUUCCAACAUGCAAGUCUGCUCACCGGCCUCCUCAGAGGGUGGGACGCAACCAGCUAGAGUACGCUUUGGUAAAGAAAGGAACAGUUCAUCACACGAACGGUAGCCUGUAGCUAUUGCAGUGCGGCCUUGCUCCAGCUUUGUAUCAGCCACCACUGUUGUGCUAGCUAGGAGUACUGGUAUUGCCUUCCUGCUUCCUGACAAGCUCUUCUUCAGUGGGAAUGUCGGUUCAUGUAGCGUCUUCUCAGUGAGAGUUCAGUCCUUAUGCUGGUACUACAGGUAGUUCUUACUUGCGCUGUGGUAGUACUCGGCAUCAGACGUUUUGUCUCGCCAGGCAAGGUUAGAAGCACAGAGUUGAAGCUUCAACUGCAAUAAGCAGAAAAGUGAAAUGCUAUGAUGCAACAUCUAUUCAAAUGUACAAGUUAAUAUUUAGUGGGAGUUAUCUACGGGGCAAGCGUAGCGCCUAUGGACAGAUCACUUGACGGCCGAAGUACGUGUGAGUCAGUCUCCAACUCUGCUCCGUUGCUUCCAACUUAACUUAGACAGCAGAAACAGUCGCAUACAAGAACA